AUGAAUGUUGAAAUUUAUAAUAAAUUGGAACAGAAAAAACGAAUUUUUAUACAAAAAAUUGAUAAAAUAUUUAAGUCUGUAGAAGUUGUUCCUUUAUUUGGGGAUAUGAAUAUUCUUCCUUUUACUUUUGUUUCUCAAUGUAAACAUCCAAAUCAAUGUGUUGAACAAUGUAAAUGUUAUGAUCCAAAUAAAUGGCCUUUAUCUAAUAUUGAAGCUGAAAAAUGUCAUGUAAAUAUUAUAAAUAAAUUAAAUCAAAUAAGAGAACAACACGACCAAUAUAUAACACAUUUGGGGAAAAUUAGAAAUGAAUUUUCUAUUUAUAAUAGAAAAGGCCCUUUAAAUGACAAUGAAAAUAAAGAAAUUGCUGAAUUGACUUUAAAUGGAUUACAAUUAAUUUGUUUUUGGACGAGUGAUGUUGUUGAAACUAUUGCCUGGAAAUUAUUAAACCCUUCCAAUCACAGAAAGAAUCCAGAAUGUCCAGAAAAUGCUGAAACUUAUGAAUUAGCAACAAAAUAUAAUUAUAAUAAUGAAGAAAAAUCGGCAAUUGUUGAAAUUAUUUCAAUGGUUAAAGGAAUUCAGUCAUUACUUGGGCAAAUGGAAGAUGAAUUUUGUGUAGCAAUUAGACAACAUAUUUAUGUUGAAAUGCGGGAUUUUGUUGGGGGGACAUUAAUUGAAUUGCAAACAAAAGCUUUAAAACAUAAAAAGGAUGUUUUGUCUUGUAUUUUAACGGCAAUAAUUGAGACUUGUUCUGACCAAUCAAUGAUUGUUGGCAAUCAAUUGGGAAAGUUUAGUUCUAGAUCCUCAGAACUUUCAUCUUCUUCAAAAUUAUUAAAAAAAGGAAAGAAAUUAGAAAAUAAUAUUGGUUCAAUGCCUGAUUUACGUGUUGGAAGGAGAAAUGUUGUUCCGAGUAAUACACAAUUAUAUUUGGCUCGAACAAUGUUGGAAUCUAUUAUUUAUGAAAAAUCUGCUUCUACUGGCCGUAGAAUUAAUUUUUUGCGUUCUUCUUAUUUUUGGCCAAUUCUUUUAGAAUUUAAAUUUUCUUUGGAAAAAUGUGCUGAUCUUUCUCAACUUUGGUUUCGAGAAUUUUUUCUUGAAAUGGCAAUGGGGACAAGAAUUCAGUUUCCAAUUGAUAUGUCUUUACCUUGGAUUUUUGUUAAUUUUAUAUUAGAUUCUUUUGAUUCUUCUUUAUUAGAAUGUGUUUUAUUUCAAUUAGAUUUAUAUAAUGAUGCUGCUUCUUUUGCUUUAAAAAUGUUUAAAAAACAAUUUUUAUAUGAUGAAGUUGAAGCUGAAGUAAAUUUAUGUUUUGAUCAAUUUAUUUAUAAAUUAUCUGAAGCUGUAUUUACACAUUAUAAACAAUUGGCAGCAACGAUGUUAUUAGAUAAAGAAUUUAAAUCUGAUUGUACACAAUAUUUUACAAUAAGAACACCUUCCGCAGUUAAAUUUGAAACUUUGCUUAGACAAAGACAUUUUCAACUUCUUGGUCGUUCAAUAGAUUUAAAUAGAUUAAUAUCUCAAAGAAUAAAUUCUUGUAUUCUUCGUUCAUUAGAAAAUGCAAUUACAAAAUUUGAAUCAGAAGGAUUAUAUUUUAUAAUUGUUUUGGAUAAUUUAUUGGAAGUUAAUCGUUUAUGUCACAGACUUUUAAAUGAAAAUUUGGGGUCUUUGGCUAAUUUUGAUGAUUUAUUUUUUGAAGCAAAUCGUCAAGUAUCUUCACAAAAUGGAAGAAUAACUUUACAUAUUUAUUCUGAAUUAAAUGAUGAUUUAUUUCCAAAUUUUUGUUAUAAUACAACAACUAAAAGAUUUGUUAGGGGGAAGGUUAAUUAUCGAAAUCCGCCAGAUAGAGGUCGUCCACCAACUGUAGCUGCUCAAUAUGAAUUUGGAUCAAAAUCUUUAAAUGCUGCUUUUUAUAAUCUUUCAAUGAUGUAUAGCGGGUUUAUUGGUAUUCCACAUUUUAGAGUAAUGUCAAAAUUAAUUGGUUAUCAAGGUAUUGCGGCUAUUCUUGGGGAUUUAUUAAGUUCGGCACGAAGAUUAUUAAAUGACCAAAUUAAAACACAUGUUAGAGUUUUAUUUGGAUUAGCACCAAAACAAUGUAAAUUACAAAGAUUUGAUUAUGGAAUUGAAGGUAAUCUUCAAUAUUUUGUUCAUCAAUUAAGAACAUUUUCUGGUUAUAUACAUUUACAUAAAGAAUUUUGUCAAUCUUUGCGUGAAUUUGGAAAUAUUAUAACAUUUAUACUUGGGUUAGAGAUGGGUUUGGCUCAUGAAGAAAUGUUUGAUUUACUUGCUGCAUCCACAUUUACUGGCCAAAUUCCAAAACCUUAUGCAAAAUCUUCUGAAGAACGAGAAUUAAAAAUUCAAAGAUUAGAAGCAAAAUAUUCUCGACUUCAAAUUUCUUCUAUUUGUCAACAAUUUGGAACUGAAUCUCAAGCAAAAGUUGCUGCAGAAAGUGAAUUAUUAACAAGAGAAAGGCUUUGUUGUGGACUUAAUAUUUUUGGAAUGAUUUUAAAUCGUUUAAGAGAUACUCUUUUGGCAGAUCCUAUUUGGAUUGGACCAAAACCUUCAAAUGGAGUUAUGUGGAUAGAUGAAUGCGUUGAAUUUCAUAGAAUAUGGUCAAGUUUUCAAUUUAUUUUAUGCCUUGCUUAUUUUAAUCAAACAAAUAUUAAUCAAAAUUCUGGCCAAUCUACAGAAGACAUUUAUAGUACAUUAAAGAAAGGAAUACCAACAACAAAUGUUAAUAAUUCUCCAACUAUUGUAGAAAAUCUUUGGCAAGGUUUAAGUAUUGAAGAAUUGUUUGGUGAUGGUAUUUAUUGGGCAGGAUGUUUAUUAAUUCGUUUAUUGGGCCAACAUAGAAGAUUUGAAGUUUUAGAUUUUUGUUAUCAUUUACUACGUGUUAAUAGAACUGUUGGGGCACAAAUUGAAGGAAAAGAACAUGUAGAAUUGGGGUCUUCUCAACAAAAAAUUGAAAUUAGUCAAUUAAUUGACAGAAUACGUCGAGUUCAAGCUCAAAACAAUCAACUUUUUACUAUUUUAAAUAAUUAUGUUAUUAAUGAAAAUAACGAGCAAACAAUUAGACAUUUCCCUCCACCUAUAUACCAACCACAAUCCCAACAUUAUGGAAAUGGGGAAGCACAUGAAGGAAGUGCACUUUGA